AUGAUGUCCUUCCGACCGGUUUUGGCCACAGCGGCCAAUAUCCCUGGCAUGAGACAAGCCAGAUGCGCAGGAGAUAUUAUAGUGCACAAGUGUACGCGCAGACACAACGUGCACUCUCUAUUCCUGUCACUCUCAUACUCCGGUGGGACGAUAACUCGACACUCGCGGGAGAUCAGGCCCAGAACCGAGGCGACACGUGCUCUCCGAGGCGCGGGGGUGAAGCACCGCCAACUUCUCAACAGUAUAAGUGUAUUAAGUACCACG